CACACUUUUUUUUUGUCGUGAGUGUUAUGUAUAAAAAGUGCGGUUGAAAUAAAUAGUUUACGAAACUCAGAAAAAUGCAUCUAACAUUGAUAAACUUCUUCAAAAAAUCUGUUAACGGACACAUUUUUCGAGGCAAAUAUCGUUUAGUCAAAAGAGUUACUCCCAGAGCUGUUCAAACUCUGCGAAGGGAUUACGAACAAACAGAGCAGAAUAUGGCAUUUCUGCUGAAGCCUUUUUUAACCAUGGAACAAUCGUCAGGCCAUGCAAAGGAACUCGGCAAACGAGAGCAAUCUGUCAGCAAAUGGCGUGAGGCUAAGUUGAAAAUGAAACCACACGUGACGAUUACCGAAAGACUGGAGCAUUUGAACGUGCAAAAUGUUUGGGAUUGAGAAACUUGCAGUGAAAUUCUUUCUUCUAUUAAGCACUUAGAACUCUGUAUGAAACAUUUUAUUUUAUCGCUAACUUUGUAUAUGGUUAAUAAAUACAUUUAACAUAAUAUAAA